GGGAAUGUUGGAGUGCAGCGGACUUCAUAGAAGGGAUUGGAAAGGAUUGCGGGCCUGCUGCUGACAGUGUGCUGUCCCUGAUUUAGCCGAGUGUGGACAGGUGCAGGGGGGAAGAGAGGCCGCUGUGUGAAAGGGGCUCUUUGUUCAGGAGGACUGCCCGCGCCAUGUAAGGCAGGGCCAGCAGCUCGGGGUUAUCAGCUGGGACAGCACGGGCUGCUCACGCAGCACGUUCCAUUAAACACCAGAACAGCUGAGGAGAGCCAGAGAGCCACGGAGAGGGGGACAGCAGCCUGCCUCUCCCACACUGAUGUUAGGGGAUUGUCCGAGGAGCCUGGAGCACAGGCUGGGAGUCACCCAGCAGUCAUGUUCAAACCCAUUGCAUGGGAAACCUUAUUCGAGACUUUCUUUACCAAGAGGAUCAAGAACCUUCUGGCCAAGGCCCUGUAUGACAACAAGGCAGAGUGUUCUGAUGAGCUGGCCUUCCGCAAGGGGGACAUCCUGACGGUGAUCGAGCAGAAUGUGGCGGGCAGCGAGGGCUGGUGGAGGUGCUCCCUCUACGGACGGCAGGGGCUAGCACCAGCCAACCGGCUGCACCUGCUCUCCUCCUCACAGCUGGACACCCUGUCCUCGCGGGCCCCCGAGGUGGGGUGCCUGAGCUUCUGCACCACGGAGAACCCCUCAUCCUUCCCUGCGCUGGAGUCCUCCUCCAGGAGCAACCAGCAAAACAUCUACCAGAUUCCGUCUGUGUCCCGGCCUGCAGGGCCCGCCUACGAGGACAUGAAACCCGUCUACAAGGUGCCUUCCCUGGCCCAGCCGGCCCUCAGACACCCCUCUCCCUCCCUCAGGGAGCCCUCCAGCAUGGCUCUUCAGUUCUCCAGGGGUUCGGCAGGGUCCCAGAAAGAGGUGUACGAUGUCCCCACGCUGCAGCUGCGAGCCUCCCUCACCACGGUCUCACCAUUCCAGCCCAACAUCAAGAAGAACUCCAUGUUUGUCUCUGAGCGGGAGAAACUGGAACAGUGCUACGAGAUUCCUGGGAGCGCAGAGUCCAGUAUCACCAGCCAGGGAAAUGUUUAUGCCGCCCCCCCUGUGGUUUGCACGGACUCCAGUUACGAUAUCCCCGUCUCGUCCAUGGAGGAGGCACAGAAGCAUUUGAAUGGGGGUUACAGCACCCUGCCAAACCCGCGCAAGUCUGAAUGGAUCUACGACAUUCCUGUCUCCCCGGAGAAACAGAGCUGGAAGGGCUUGGGUCAAGGCUCCUACGAGACAAUGCCUGCCAAGGGGGGCAUGUCUGGGAGGCAGCAAACCCCCAGCACGGCACAGACAUUACUCUACGACAUCCCCACACCCAGCACAGACCCCAGGAUGAGGAGCACACACCAGGACAGCGGAACUUCUUCUAAUGUGGACUCUAGAACUCCCAGGACAAACCUGUACGACACCCCCCCUGCAGGGAAACGGCACAGCACCCCACAGCCGUGUCCCUACGAUGUACCUCCCUCUGCCCUGGAGCAAGUAUCCCACAGACGGGCCAGCAACCCUGCAGUCGUCUCCGCUAGCAUCGCCCCUUCCUCCUUCCCUGUCCUGCACAGGGGGGCUCCCUGCCGUAUGUACGACCUGCCGCGGGGCUCCCUGGGGAGAGAGGACAGCCUGGCAGGGGGUCCAGGGCGAUGCCCCAUCUACGACAUCCCUCCUCCCAGAGACUGCCUCCUGGAGAGCAGGGAGGAGGAGAUGGAGGAGGGCACAGACAGCCAGCACAGCAGCACAGCCUCCAGCUCUUCCAGCGGCUCCUCCUGCGACCCCCUGCCUCCACCGCCACUCUCAGCCCCGAAGCCCCACAGAGAGGUGACCCUCAGCCAGGAGGAGGCUGUCCGGAGGCUGUCUCUGCUGCAGGAGGGGGUGUGCCAGGCUGUGUCCCGGCUCAUGGUGUUCGUCAGCAGCCGAUGGCGGGCCCGAGAGCAUCUGACCUGUCACCUGGAAGAGGUCCACUCCUCAGUGGAGGCCAUCGCCGGCUCGCUCGCCUCUUUCCUGGAUUUCGCUGGGGAUGUGAGGGGAAACGCAAGCCGCCUGCGAGACUGCAACCUCCAGGCACGGCUCCAAAAGCAGCUGGCCAUCGUGGAGGACUCGGGGGUGAUCCUGCGGGAGGCAGGGGCGGCGCUGGCCCAGGCCGGGUGGAAGCUGGACUCCCUGGCUCAGGACCCCAGCCAGGCCCCACCGCCGGACAGCCUGGACCGCUUCGUGAUGGUGGCCCGCACCGUGCCCGAGGACGUCAAGCGCCUGGUGUCCAUCCUCAACGCCAACAGCAAGCUGCUCUUCAGGCCGACGUCCCCCGCCCAGGUCUGCACAAAGGGGGAGGAGUCUCGAGCAGGGAAGAAGAAUGGUUCCCAGGGCAACAGCCCCUCGGAGGACAGUGACUACGUCCAGCUACAGAGGAAGGAGGAGUUUGAGAAGCAGCAGAAGAGUCCCGGUGACAGCAAGGCGCUGAGGAGAGGCACAAACACCUCUGAACAACAGGCUAAGGAGAAAGCUGCAUCCUCAGCCGUAAAGGGAGAGGACCGGAGAGUGAAUCUCAAGCAGCACUGCAAGCUGUACUUCGGGGCGCUGCAGAAAGCCAUCGCGGUCUUCAUCACCAGCCUCAUGGAGGGCCAGCCCCCAGAAAAGUUCAUCCCCCACAGCAAGCUGGUGAUCAUGGUGGGACAGAAGCUGGUGGACACCCUGUGCAAAGAGGCGCACAGCCGCGGGGAGAGCCUGGACCUGCUCUGCAAGAGCAACCUGCUGUGCGCCCUCCUCAAGCAGCUCGCUGUCACAACCAAGAAGGCAGCCGUGCACUUCCCUGACACCGAGGCGCUGCUGGAGGCACAGGACUUCGCCAAGGAGCUGGCAAGGAGAGCACAGCACUUUCGGACGCUGAUCGACCUCUGAAAUACACACAGGGAGGGGUGGGGGCGGACGGCCGUUUCAAAGACUUUUGCUCCAGGACAAUUGCAGAGGGUUAUAAUAAGGAUUUGAACUGUAGGCAUGAUGCACGUCAUUAUUUUGUGUGAACGGCAUGAAGCAAUAUCCUGUAUAUGAAUUGAUGUCCAUACUGAUUUUGUAGAACCCUUUUGCACUGAAGCAAAAUGCUUUGAAAACGACCUGACAUUUUGUACAUGUAAAGUUGUAUAAACCGGGUGAGAUGCAUCCUCCAGUCAUCAGAUUACAGUCACCCUUUACACAUUUGCUUUGACAGGUUGCACACUUCCUCAGUGCAUCAUCCCACUGUUCAUAUUCCAGGUGUCCAGAUAGGUGCUUGGUGAAUUCAACUGAACCCAAUGUGUGUCUCUUCCACAGUCUCUCUGGUCAACUUGUUUGCUUUUGUACAGAAAAUCAGAUCCCUUUUUUUUUUUUUU